AUGCGCACAUUCGUAGUUUCCCUUUUCAUACUGGUGACACUGUUACUUUCCAGUGCAAUUGAUGCAAGGAAGGAAAAACCGCUGCAUGACGCCUUUCCGAAGGAAGUGAUUGAUGGCAUCAGAUGUGGUGUUUGUAACUUUGCGGUGAAGCAGGCAUAUGGGAAUGUGCUGGGGCUGUUUAACGCCAGCAUUCAAACACGCGUGCGGAUGAACGAGGAGGACGUGUUGACGGUGCUGGAGGAUAUCUGCAACCCCUUCACGGAGGUCGGCCAGUGGAUACGUCGAAUUACCAUCACUCACAGGCGCGAUACAGACCAUCUUUUGGGUGUGGAGGAGUUGCCAGUUUAUACCAAGUGCAAGCGCACGUGCAGCACCGUGGUGGAGGCCUGUGAAGCCGUUAUGGAUCACGAAAGCAUGGACACUCUUUCGCCACGACUGUUACACCUCACUGAAUACGCAGAUGCAGGGACCUUUGCGCAGGCCCUAUGCGGACCUUCACCGAUUUGUACGAAGCGGCGGCGCCUACUCGCAGACAGGUAUGAUGAGCUCGUCACUAUGAUGGAUGCGGACCCUAUGGAGGAGAUUGACCCAAAAGAGAUGGAGGUUGAACGGAUGAUGGAUCACAUGGAGCGGAAGGAGAACCGGCGGCAGACCAUUUUUUCUCGUGAGGAGAUUACGAAGAUGCAGGAGGCUUUUCUGCGGGGUGACAAGGAGGCGGUGGCAAAGGUCGACCCCUCCAUUAUGGAUCUUUCCGAGGAUGAAUUCGCCGCCGUGCAGGCGAUGAUGCGGGGAAGGAAGGACGGCAAGCCCCAGGCUGGGGAGACUGACGCGGACGGCGAGGCGAAGGUGAGAAGGACACAGCGGCGGAAGCGCCGUGAAAGUGGCGGCGGUGAGGACGAUUGGGAGGACGUGGGGACGGGGGAAUCCGACCUCUAA